AGUCACCCGGAGGAGUUGGUCGCACAAUUAUGAAAGACUCGGCUUCUGCUGCUAGCGCCGGAGCUGAGUUAGUUCUGAGAAGGUUUCCUUGGGCAGUCCUUGUCCGGCGGCUUCUGCUGCCGCCUCCGGAGACGCUUUCCAAUAGAUGGCUGCAGGCCGCGGAGGAGGAGGAGGUGGAGUUUCUGCCCUUCCGGAGUCCGCCCCGUGAGGAGAAUGUCCCAGAAAUCCUGGAUAGAAAGUACUUUGACCAAGAGAGAAUGUGUAUAUAUUAUACCAAGUUCCAAGGAUCCUCACAGAUGCCUUCCAGGAUGUCAAAUUUGUCAACAACUUGUCAGAUGCUUCUGUGGUCGCUUGGUCAAACAACAUGCUUGUUUUACUGCAAGUCUUGCCAUGAAAUACUCAGAUGUGAAAUUGGGUGAUCAUUUCAACCAGACAGUAGAAGAAUGGUCGGUGGAAAAGCAUACAAAACAGAGCCCAACGGAUGCCUAUGGUGUCAUCAAUUUUCAAGGGGGUUCCCAUUCUUACAGAUCUAAGUAUGUGAGGCUGUCCUAUGACACCAAACCUGAAGUCAUUCUGCAACUUCUGCUGAAAGAAUGGCAAAUGGAAUUGCCUAAGCUUGUUAUCUCUGUACAUGGGGGCAUGCAGAAAUUUGAACUUCAUCCACGAAUCAAGCAGUUGCUGGGAAAGGGUCUUAUUAAAGCUGCAGUCACAACAGGAGCCUGGAUUUUAACUGGAGGAGUAAACACAGGUGUAGCAAAACAUGUGGGUGAUGCCCUCAGAGAACAUGCUUCCAGAUCAUCUCGAAAGAUUUGCACUAUCGGAAUAGCCCCGUGGGGAGUGAUUGAAAAUAGAAACGAUCUUGUGGGGAGAGAUGUGGUUGCUCCUUAUCAAACUUUAUUGAACCCCUUGAGCAAAUUGAAUGUUCUGAAUAAUCUCCAUUCUCAUUUCAUAUUGGUGGAUGAUGGCACUGUUGGGAAGUAUGGGGCAGAAGUCAGACUAAGACGAGAACUUGAAAAAACUAUUAAUCAGCAAAGAAUCCAUGCUAGAAUUGGACAAGGUGUCCCUGUGGUGGCACUCGUAUUUGAAGGAGGGCCCAAUGUUAUCCUCACUGUUUUAGAAUACCUUCAGGAAAAUCCCCCAGUGCCAGUAGUUGUAUGUGAAGGAACAGGUAGAGCUGCAGAUCUACUAGGAUAUAUUUAUAAACAAACUGAAGAAGGAGGAAAUCUUCCUGAUGCAACAGAGCCUGAUAUUAUUUCAACCAUCAAAAAGACAUUUAAUUUUGGCCAGAGUGAAGCAGUUCACUUAUUUCAAACACUGAUGGAGUGCAUGAAAAAAAAGGAACUUAUUACUGUUUUCCACAUUGGAUCAGAUGAGCAUCAGGACAUAGAUGUAGCAAUCUUAACUGCACUGCUGAAAGGCACUAAUGCAUCAGCAUUUGACCAGCUUAUCCUUACACUGGCAUGGGAUCGAGUUGACAUUGCUAAAAAUCAUGUAUUUGUUUAUGGACAACAGUGGCUGGUUGGAUCCUUGGAACAAGCUAUGCUAGAUGCACUUGUAAUGGAUAGAGUUGCAUUUGUAAAACUUCUUAUUGAAAAUGGAGUAAGCAUGCAUAAAUUCCUUACCAUUCCUAGACUGGAAGAGCUUUAUAACACUAAACAAGGUCCAACUAAUCCAAUGCUAUUUCAUCUUGUUCGAGAUGUUAAACAGGGCAAUCUUCCUCCAGGAUAUAAAAUCACCCUAAUUGAUAUAGGACUUGUUAUUGAGUACCUCAUGGGAGGAACCUAUAGAUGCACCUACACCCGGAAACGUUUUCGUUUAAUAUAUAAUAGUCUUGGUGGAAAUAAUCGGAGAUCUGGCCGGAACACCUCCAGCAGCACUCAUGAAUCUUUUGGAAAUAGGGCAGAUAAAAAGGACAAAAUGAGACAUAACCAUUUCAUUAAAACAGCACAGCCCUACCGACCAAAGAUUGAUACAACUAUUGAAGAAGAAAAGAAGAAAAGAACCAAAGAUGAUAUUGUAGAUAUUGAUGAUCCUGAAACCAAACGCUUUCCUUAUCCACUUAAUGAACUGUUAAUUUGGGCUUGCCUCAUGAAGAGGCAGGUAAUGGCCCGUUUUUUAUGGCAGCAUGGUGAAGAAUCAAUGGCUAAAGCAUUAGUUGCCUGUAAAAUAUAUCGUUCAAUGGCAUACGAAGCAAAACAAAGUGAUCUUGUAGAUGAUACUUCAGAAGAACUCAAACAGUAUUCCAAUGAUUUUGGUCAGCUGGCAGUUGAAUUAUUAGAACAAUCCUUCAGACAGGAUGAAACCAUGGCAAUGAAAUUACUUACAUACGAACUGAAAAACUGGAGUAAUUCAACUUGCCUUAAAUUAGCAGUUUCUUCAAGGCUUAGACCUUUCAUAGCCCAUACUUGUACACAAAUGUUGUUGUCGGACAUGUGGAUGGGAAGACUGAAUAUGAGGAAGAAUUCAUGGUACAAGGUUAUAUUAAGCAUUUUAGUUCCACCUGCUAUAUUAAUGCUGGAAUAUAAAACUAAAGCUGAAAUGUCUCAUAUUCCACAAUCUCAAGAUGCCCAUCAAAUGACAAUGGAAGAUAGUGAAAACAACUUUCAAAAUAUAACAAAAGAGAUUCCUAUGUAAUAUUUUAGGAUAUGUUAUGAAGUAUUUAAAGAAAUAAGGAUUUUGGAUAGUAAUGAAGGAAAAAAUGAAAUGGAAAUACAAAUAAAAUCAAAAAAGCUUCCAAUCACACGAAAAUUUUAUGCCUUUUAUCAUGCACCAAUUGUAAAAUUCUGGUUUAACACGUUGGCAUAUUUAGGGUUUCUGAUGCUUUAUACAUUUGUGGUUCUUGUGAAAAUGGACGCCUUACCUUCAGUUCAAGAAUGGAUUGUUAUUGCUUAUAUCUUUACCUAUGCUAUCGAGAAAGUCCGUGAGGUGGCCAAUAUGUUCUACAUUGUAGUGAUUAUGGCUCUUGUAUUACUUAGUUUUGGUGUUCCCAGAAAGGCAAUACUGUAUCCUCAAGAACAACCUUCUUGGUCACUUGCUAAAGAUAUAGUUUUCAAUCCAUACUGGAUGAUUUUUGGUGAAGUUUAUGCAUAUGAAAUUGAUGUGUGUGCAAAUGAUUCUGCUGUCCCACACAUCUGUGGUCCUGGAACUUGGUUAACUCCAUUUCUUCAAGCAGUCUACCUCUUUGUACAGUAUAUCAUUAUGGUUAAUCUUCUUAUUGCAUUUUUCAACAAUGUGUAUUUUCAAGUGAAGGCAAUUUCCAAUAUUGUGUGGAAGUACCAACGCUAUCAUUUCAUUAUGGCUUAUCAUGAGAAACCAGUUCUGCCUCCACCUCUUAUCAUUCUUAGUCAUAUUGUUUCUUUGUUUUGCUGUAUAUGUAAAAGAAGAAAAAAGGAUAAGACUUCAGAUGGACCAAAACUCUUCUUAACAGAAGAAGAUCAAAAGAAACUUCAUGAUUUUGAAGAACAGUGUGUUGAGAUGUAUUUUAAUGAAAAAGAUGACAAAUUCUAUACUGGGAGUGAAGAAAGAAUUCGUGUCACAUUUGAAAGGGUGGAGGAGAUGUGCAUUCAGAUUAAAGAAGUUGGAGAUCGUGUUAACUACAUAAAAAGAUCAUUACACUCAUUAGAUUCCCAGAUUGGCCAUUUACAAGAUCUGUCAGCUCUGACUGUAGAUACUUUAAAAACACUGACUGCCCAGAAAGCUUCAGAAGCGAGCAAAGUUCACAAUGAAAUCACACGAGAGUUGAGCAUUUCCAAACAUCUGACGCAAAAUCUUAUUGAAGAUGGUCCUUUAAGACCUUCUGUGUGGAAAAAACACAGUGUUGUAAAUACACUUCGCUCUUCAUUUCCUCAAGGGGGUCUUGAAAAUAAUAAUCCUUUUCUUUGUAAUAUUUUUAUGAAGGAUGAAAAAGAUCCCCAAAAUAGCAUAUUUGGUCAAGAUUUACCUGCAAUACCCCAGAGAAAAGAAUUCCAUUUUCCAGAGGCUGGUUCCUCUUGUAGUGCCUUAUUCCCAAGUGCUGUUUCUCCUCCAGAACUGCGUCAGAGAGUACAUGGGACAGACACCUUAAAGAUAUAUGGUAAAAAUAAAAAAUUAGGUAGUUCACCUAAUAGCAUACCGCAUCUGUCAUCCCCCUCUGCCAAAUUUUUUGUUAGUACACCAUCCCAGCCCAGUUGCAUAAGCCAAUUGGAAACUGUAACCAAAGAUCAAGAAACUCUUUGUCCUAAAGCUGCACAAGGAGAUAAUAUAGAAUUUGGAGCCUUUGUGGGACACAGGAAUAGCAUGGAUUUACAGAGGUUUAAAGAAUCAUCAAGGAAGGUAAAAAAAUUAAGCAAAAGCGAUACUCCUGAAAACACUUUGAAACGUGUGCGUUCUCAUGCAGGAUUCAUUGAGUGUCACAAAACUUCUGUUACUCUUCAUUCUGAUAAAGGUGAGUAUUUUGACUGAAGGCCAUCUACUGAAGAAACUCAUGAAGUUGAUUCUAAAGCAGCCUUACUACCGGAUUGGCUACAAGAUAAACCAUCAAACAGACAAAUGCCAUCUGAAGAAGGAAACUUAAAUGGUCUUGCUUCUCCAUUUAAGCCAGUUAUGGAUACAAAUUACUAUUAUUCAGCUGUGGAAAGAAACAACCUGAUGAGAUUGUCACUGAGCAUUCCGUUCACACCAGUGCCUCCAAGAGGUGAGCUUGUCACUGUGUAUCGCUUGGAAGAGAGUUCUCCCAACAUACUAAAUAACAGCAUGUCGUCUUGGUCACAGCUCGGCCUCUGUGCCAAAAUAGAGUUUUUAAGUAAAGAGGAGAUGGGAGGAGGUUUACGAAGAGCUGUCAAAGUACAGUGUACCUGGUCAGAACAUGAUAUCCUCAAAUCAGGGCACCUUUAUAUCAUCAAAUCUUUUCUUCCUGAAGUGGUUAACACAUGGGCAAGUAUUUAUAAAGAAGAUACCGUUCUGCAUCUCUGCCUCAGAGAAAUUCAGCAACAGAGAGCAGCGCAGAAGCUCACUUUUGCCUUCAACCAAAUGAAACCCAAAUCCAUACCAUAUUCCCCGAGGUUCCUUGAAGUCUUCCUGCUGUAUUGCCAUUCAGCAGGACAGUGGUUUGCUGUGGAAGAAUGUAUGACUGGAGAAUUUAGAAAAUACAAUAAUAAUAAUGGUGAUGAGAUUAUUCCAACUAAUACACUGGAAGAGAUCAUGUUAGCCUUUAGCCACUGGACUUACGAAUAUACAAGAGGAGAGUUGCUGGUCCUUGAUUUGCAAGGUGUGGGUGAAAAUCUGACUGACCCAUCUGUGAUAAAAGCAGAAGAAAAGAGAUCCUGUGAUAUGGUUUUUGGCCCAGCAAAUCUAGGAGAAGACGCAAUAAAAAAUUUUAGAGCAAAACAUCACUGUAAUUCUUGUUGUAGAAAGCUUAAACUUCCAGAUCUGAAGAGGAAUGAUUAUACUCCUGAUAAAGUUGUAUUUCCUCAGGAUGAGCCUUCAGAUUUGACUCUUCAGCCUGGAAAUUCAACCAAAGAAUCAGAAUCAGCUAAUUCUAUUCGUCUAAUGUUGUAA